AAAUGACCACGUAAAGACGGCUUGAGGCAGAACAAUUCUACCCACCAUUUGAAGGCAAACAUGUUGACCUGGCAGAUCAGCGGAGGGCUCCUGCUUUACUUCUUCUUUAGAAGUAACGCUCUGAUAGGGUUUUCUUUACCUGACAAUUGUCUGCCUUCUUCAAAAGAUCCUCAAAUGGUAUCUGAACAAUUAAAAAAUUUAACAGAAUGCACAAAAGAAGAAAUAGAUACAUGGGACAGAAGGAAUGUCGCAUUGGUCCUGUCUUCUGCAAAAAGACUGAUGGAUUUACUUGAAAAAAAGCAGAGAACAGCAUGCAACGACAUUAUUCCAGCUCAGUGUGAAGUGCCCAUUCCACCCAGUGCUGGCGGCCUUGUAUGUGUUACCAUAUCAAAUAUUCGAUACUGUAAGCCUAUGUGUAACAGGGGCUAUGAUUUUGAUUUCAUCAGAAGAAGUCGUAUAUAUGAGCAGUGUGGAGAGCAAACGGAAUACAAGUGGACUACUCAAUAUAUUGGAGGACAAAAACUAGCUUUCUGCAGCAAGUCAUCAAUUUCCGUGGCAGGUGCGCCUUCAGCUUAUUUUACAGAAAAUGAGGAAUGCCAACAAGUACUGCAAAAUCAAGACUUGCAGAAGAGCAUCAUUAAUGACUUCCUUAAAGAGCUAAAAGAAAAUGGGAUAAAUGGCAACCACGAGAUGGGUUAUGAUUGCCUCAUCUGUGGCUCAUUUCCUGUGUAACUGUUUGUUCAGCCCUAAGAAUUUUCAGUUUUAUUUUGCUUUGUUUUAUAUUGCCAAAGUUGUGAUUAUUAUGCAAGUAUUUUCAGUAAAUUGAUAUUACAAUACAGAAUUCUCAGUGGAAUCCUGUUUUGAACAUCAGUCAGAAUAGCAGGUUGAUAAAAAUCUUGUAAAAAAUGUACAUCUUGUUAUCUGUACCAAUUAUUGUGCCCAUUAAGCUCAUUGUCUUGUGUUCGGUCACAUGCAUUGCUUUAAUAAGUAAUUGAUGUUGCAGUUUGCUAUGAAAACAGACUAAUGGUCAGAAACAAAAUUAACAUAAAGUUGAAACCACUUUUUCAACAAUAUAAAACAUUUCUGAAAAUGAAUGUGUUAAUCUGAAGCUGAGUAACACUUCAUUGGCUGUUCAAAGACACAAUUUUACUUUUAAGAUUGCCAAUAUUUGUCUUAAAAUAGAUAAUAACACAAUAAGAUAAUAAGAUCAUGCAUAGAAUUAUUUAAAGUCAUAGUAAAUUCAAGAUUAACUUACACUUUUUAUUUCCAUUAAACCAGAGGUGCUUGGUUAUUAGGGCU